AUGAGGCAACUCAAAUACCACGAGCAGCGUUUGCUGCGGAAGGUAAAUUUCUUUGAAUGGAAAAGAGACAAAACGGCGCGGGAAAAUAAAUUUCUGAAAAAGUAUUUAAUUCAAGACAGAGAGGACUACCACAGGUACAACAAGCUCUGCGGGCUCAUCACCAAACUGGUCGCCGGCCUUCGAAAGCUUCCUCCAGAAGAUUCCUUUCGAAUGAAGAUGACGGAGUUGCUGCUCGACAAGCUGUACCGCAUGGGGGUUGUGAGCCGGCGCGAGGGUUUGGGGGCCGUGGAGGGUUUGGCAGCUUCUGCGUUUUGCCGGCGGCGGCUGCCGGUGGUGCUGCUGCGGCUGCGCAUGGCCACGCAUCUGCAGCAGGCCGUGGAGUACGUGGAGCAAGGCCAUGUGCGCCUCGGCGCUGAAGUUGUCACUUCCCCUUCUCUCCACAUCACUCGAGACGCCGAAGACCAUUUGGCCUGGGCAGAAGGCUCAGCAAUUAAGAGACACGUUGCUGCCUUCAGAAGCCAGGCUGACGACUUCGAUUUGCUGCAGGCAGCCUAG